AUGACUAGUACUAAAAACGACGACAACAAUAUUCUCCACGUCUCAAGGCUUGACUUUGGCAAUCCACCUUACCCCACUUGCAAGAAAACGACAACUUUCCCUUUCCAAAUCUUCAAUCUUCCUUAUCUCCAAUCCGUUUUCUUCUUCAAUUGUUUCACCAUCACCAACCCCAAUCUUGUUUCCAACUCUUCUUUUGCUUCUUCUUCUACACUUCAGCAGCUUAGUCUCCGGUCGAACCCGGCUCUAACCGGUCCAAUCCCACCGGAGAUUUCUCAUCUGAAAUCGUUAAAAAUCCUUACAUUGUCUCAGAACCGCCUCUCAGGCACAAUCCCAGAAGAGAUUUUCUCCUUGACCAAUUUAGUGCACCUUGAUUUGAGCUACAACAUGCUCACAGGCAGUGUCUCAGACCAAUUGGGCAAUCUCAAAAACCUUGUGGGGCUUGAUUUGAGCUACAACAUGAUUAGAAACACAAUCCCAAGCACAAUUGGCCAACUGGGUCUGCUUCAAAAGCUUGACUUGAGCUCCAAUUUGCUCACUGGUGGGAUUCCUAGUACUAUUGGGAAGCUCAAUUCAUUGGUGUUUUUGGCCUUGAGCAACAACCAUUUGAGUGGGAAAUUCCCACAAGAAAUAGAGAAUUUAGAGAGCUUGCAGUAUUUCAUAAUGGAUGAGAGAAUCCCAUGUCCAUGA